GUCCUCCUGUCAAUCAAUCUGUAUUUUAUCAUGUAUUUCGGGGAUUAAAAAUAAUAAAAUUGAGAAACCCCAAGAGGAUUUGACUAAACUUAAGAUAAAUUUAUUACAGUUAUGGACUAAUGCAUCUGGCUUUAUUGUAUAUUUCUAGGAUUGCAUUUGAAUAGAGACUCAGGUGAAAGUUAAGGCAAUGCCGGAACACUUGGAGCUUCAGCAUCUCGUCGAUCUAUCAGCUGGCAGCGGUGACGAGACGAUACCAAACUUAUUGGAGAACAAAAGGCCGCUCAUCAAAAGAUGCCCGUACUUAGGCCUGAUACUGGCGACGCUAUCGUCUUUGUUUUUCUCACUGUGCUCGGUCAUCGUAAAAAGUCUCGUUAACAUUGACCCCAUGCAGCUGGCCAUGUUCCGGUUCAUAGGUGUGCUGUUACCCACAAUACCAAUAGUAAUUUACACUGAACAGCCUGUGUUUCCUCCUGGAAAGCGAUUGUUACUCGCGCUGCGGUCGGUUGUUGGCACAGUGGGCUUAAUGUUAAGUUUUUACGCAUUUCGCAACAUGCCAUUGGCUGAUGCAUCUGUUAUUGUUUUUUCGGUGCCUGUUUUUGUUGCUCUAUUCGCACGGGUGUUUUUGAAAGAGCCUUGUGGUAUGUGGAACACGAUUUCUAUCAUUUUGACGUUAAUUGGGGUUAUUUUGAUCACUCAUCCGCCAUUUCUAUUUGGAAGUGACUCCACCGUGGAGCACAUUCAAAACUACAAUACCCUAAGAGGAGCUAUUGCAGCAUUUGUGUCUACUAUAUUUGGGGCGAAUGCCUACGUUUUGUUACGGGUACUCAAAGGAUUGCAUUUCUCUGUAAUCAUGACCAAUUUUGGUGCUAUUGCUAUAGUACAGACUUUGUUUUAUUCUUUUGUUUUUGGUGUACUGUGUAUGCCUAAUUGUGGCACUGAAAGAUUUCUAGUCGUUUGCUUAGCACUGUUCAGCUAUUUGGGGCAGAUAUUGUUGACUAUGUCAUUGCAAAUGGAGCAGGCAGGUCCUGUGGCCAUUGCCCGUUCGGCAGACAUUGUAUUUGCAUUUCUAUGGCAAGUUAUGUUUUUCAAUGAGAUUCCUAGCAAAUUUUCUGUUUGUGGGGCGAUUUUGGUACUAAGCUCUGUUCUUCUUGUGGGGCUUCGAAAGUGGGCUCUAGCUUUGCCAGCUGAUUCCCAAUUAAGGAGUAAGUUAGGGGCUUUAGCACAAUAAUUUAAGGAUCAAAUAUUAGUCACUCAGCUGAAUCUCAUAUGUAUAUUGUUAUCAGUACCUAUCACAUUUAAUAUUAAUGGUAUCAAAUGGCAGGACUUAAAAGAUUGAAGCUUUUAUGCUAUACAUAAUAAUACUAUAAGAAAUAAUGGGUGUUUUAAAUAUUUUUAAAUAUAAGGGAACAGUCAUAACUCAAAUAUCUGAUUUAAGGAUUAGAAACAAGAUUUCCCAGACCUGCCACCCUGUAGCAUCCAUUGCAAUCAAAAUGUUUAUGCUUGAAAUAAAUUUAGAUAAAAAUAAUUACGAGAAGAUACAAUAACUACUAUUAGUGUACUUAAGUGUAACUUUUCACCCUGAAGACUGCUAAAUAAGUCCACUCGAACUUGUGUUGUGUCUUGCCUCUAGUUCUUUGCCCUUUGGACAAGUGAUCUAGUUAUUCUAUCUGACUUGUCCAUUGCAUGCCUUAUGUUCCUCUUUGUUAAUCUUGCUAGUCCUUAGGCUGGGUUGCCCCAUCUUACUUUAACUUUGACAACGUCAAAAAUCUGUCCAAUUCCAUACAAAAAGCACCGGUUAUCGUCAUAGUUACCGUUAAAGAUAGGUGGUACAACCCACCCUUAGUGUUUUUAUUGUUAAUUGUUAUUAAUAUUUUUAUUAUAUUAGUCACUCACUAUCACCAUGUAAGCUGUUUUAAGUGUUGUAGUCAUUUUAAAUAAUACAAUUGUAGGUAAACUUUGUAUCAUUUGACAAAAAGUAUAAAUUAUUUUUAUUGACACAAAGAAUCGUGUAUGAAUCAUGAUUCAUACCGUUUUAUCAAAUAAUGGAGUAUUUUAUCAACUAAAUAUUAUACAAUUUUACAAGUAAUAUACAUUGGCUUAUUGUUAAGUUUUAAUGAUCAGUGUUUCAGUGUAAACUAGUACCAUUACAUAUCAUGUCACAAAAAUGUUAUUAUUAUUGCUGGUCAAUUUAUAUAUAUAUAGUUUAGAGAUGAAACGGAUAGUUGUUUGGCCGGAUACCGGAUAUCCGGCCAACUGCUAGGCCGGAUAACCGGAUAUCCGGCGGCCGGAUAGUUGGCCCAUUGUCUCGUUGCAUGUCGUGACGAGUUUAGCGCCGCACAGGUGCUUCGAACGCGAUCAGUAGGGUCUAUUAAUUAGUAGACUAGUCACACUUUUCUAAAAUCGAAUCAGUCCGAAAAGAAUGACAGAUUUUGCCACUUGUCUAGGGUCAUCAAUUCGGGCGAUUUCGGUUGCCAUCGUGAGUGUGAUUGAAUAGUGAAAAUUAAAUUAGUUUCAUCAUGACAUCAGACCAUCAGUGAACAAAAGAUCGCCUAUUUUAUUUGGCAAUAUUUCGUCUUAACAGAUACAUAUUUACUAUUUAUGUAUUCGUCAUUAGAGUGAAUAGCCCAGAAAACGAAAUUAGUUUUUUUAAAGCCCUUAAUAUGGCUUUUUGUAACUUUUUGGACUUUAAAUAAAAGCCGUCAUUAUUAUAAGUCAUUUUAUUGAUGUUUACCGCAAAGAUUAAUGUAUUUCAUUUUAUUAAUAGGAAAUUAUUGUCGCAGUUUUUUAAUAUCCGGUAUCCGGCCGGAUAGUAAAUUAGGGCCGGAUAUCCGGCCUACCGGAUAGUUACCGGAUAUCCGUUUCAUCUCUGAUAUAGUUACAUAUCUCAUUAUUUAUAAAAUUAUGUUUUAAAACUAUGUAAUGAUUUAUUAAAAUUAUAGUAUAGUAGGUACUGCGUAGCUUUUGCCAACGUAACUUAUCAUUAUCACAGAAAAUACACAAUAAAAUGAGUGUAGUGUUAUUUAUGCACACUAUUAUUUAGCAUAGGCUUGAAUUUGAUUUAUAAUAUAGGUAUGUAAAUAUAAUGUUAUAAAUUGUGAUAUUUUUACUUCUAGUCAUACAUUUAGAUGGAAAUGAUUAUGCUUAAUGAAUGAAUGAAUAAAAGUCUUAAAGAAAUAAA